AAUUUACAACAAGAAAUAAAAAUAAAAAUUCUUUCUUUCUUUUUUUUCUGAGAGAAAGUUGAGAUUGUGUUUCCAUUCUCCUUGCCAAAGUCUUUCCCUUUCUUUCCUUUUCUUUCUUUUAAGCCCCUAAAUUCGCUUCCGCCAAUUCCCUUUCACGUUUCAAGGUAUGGUCAUGUUUCGGGAAGGAUUACACUGGCCAAUUCAGCUGUGAAAGUUGGACUUGGACUCAUGGGGCAUGAUUUUAGAUAAUGAACUAUUGUUUGUUUGGAUUAGAAUUCAGUUUUAAUGUAGUGUGUGUGUUUGAUUAUGUUGUAAAACUACGAAUUAUGGUUGUAGAUUCUACGUGAUUAUUUGUUCAUAAUAUGUUGGUAAUUUUUAGUAAACCAAUUUACCAAAAACCAAAUUUGCAGUUAUUUUGAUUGGUUUUUGUCUUGAAGAAUUUGAAAAAUAAUCAAAUAUUGGGUCGAAGGAGAGGAAGAAGAAGAAGGAAAGAGAACAGUUAGGUGAUACAGUUUUGGGAUAUUCUUUUUGAUGGGUAAUAAGUUGGGAAGGCGGAGGCAAGUGGUCGAUGAGAAGUAUACACGCCCACAAGGGUUGUAUGUUCAUAAAGAUGUGGAUAUUAAGAAACUAAGAAAGCUGAUACUUGAAUCAAAGCUUGCUCCUUGCUAUCCUGGUGAUGAAGAGUGCUGUUCUGAUCUUGAAGAAUGCCCAAUUUGCUUUUUGUAUUAUCCAAGUCUCAACAGAUCAAGAUGUUGUAUGAAAAGUAUCUGUACAGAGUGUUUUCUGCAGAUGAAGAAUCCUAAUUCAACCCGUCCUACCCAGUGUCCUUUCUGCAAAACCUCAAAUUAUGCUGUCGAGUAUCGAGGUGUGAAAACAAAAGAGGAAAAAGGGAUAGAGCAAAUUGAAGAACAGCGUGUCAUAGAAGCCCAAAUUAGAAUGAGGCAGCAGGAACUUCAGGAUGACGAAGAGAGAAUGCUGAAAAGACAAGACUUGAGUUCUUCAAGCACUGCAGUUGCACCAGGAGAAGUUCAGUACAACUCAAUUGCAGAUAUAUCCCCCGGGGAGGAGGAAAUAUUUUCUUCUCAAGAUUCACAGGCUGCCUCGAUGAUUGGACAACGCUCACAUCCUAGGGUUAACAGGGAUGAAGACUUUGACAUAGAUCUUGAGGAGAUAAUGGUCAUGGAAGCAGUUUGGCAGUCGAUUCAGGAGAACAGCAGACAGAGAAAUCUUAACUAUGUAGAUGCUGCUGCUUCAGUGCAUUAUGUUUCAGGAGAUGGAUAUGUAUUACCAUCCACGACCACGGUCGCGGGUUCAUCAUCAUCUCCUUCUGGUGGACUUGCUUGUGCAAUAGCUGCCCUAGCUGAGCGUCAGCAGAUGGGUGGAGAAUCUUCCCUUAACCAUGAUGGAAGUAUGCAAGCAUUUGAUAUGCUUCCCAACAGCAGCAGCAGCAGCAGCAGCAGCAGCAGCAGGAGAUUUUAUAAUAAUAGGUUGCACCAAGUUGGUGAGAACUAUCCUCCUGCAGAGAGUCCAGUUGGUGAUGGUGGGAUGACACCAGGAAGCGAUGAAGGGAAAUGGGGCAUAAAUCAUGAAUUAGAGGUGGCCGAAGCAGGGACUAGCUAUGCAAGCUCUGAUGUCACAGAAGAUAGUGGUGGGAUCUCUGCAAUACCACAAGAAGAUGAAAUUAGAGGCAGCUUUCAGAGUGUGGCUGGACCUGGUCCCAUGGUUCCAGAAAGUUACGAGGAGCAGAUGAUGCUGGCAAUGGCUGUAUCUCUGGCAGAAGCUAGAGCUAUGACGAGUGACCCUGGACUUUCAUGGCAAUAGUUUUAUGGCCAGGCCUCCAUGAUCGUUUUUCUCCGACAGAUGAUGGAUGACACUGGCCGUGGCUGUUAACUCGCUGAGUCCUGACUCUCGAGCUCUGUGAUUUUUAAAGCUAGUGAUGAUCAUCCUUUCUCUUCCUCACACUAUUUUCACCCCACAUAUAUAUUUUAUAUAUAGAUAUGAGCAAAGUAAACAGAUCAUUGUAACAAAUGAAAGGAAGGUAGUUUGUUUAUCCUAUUCAUAAUGUUUUGGAUCUC